GCUUCCCCAUUCUAAUCGACUACAGUCGCAGUCAACUCUUCUUUUAGCUGUACAAAUAGCCAAGCAGCAGCACCGAGUGCUGGACUAUAGACAUGUUAGUAAAACCUAUUUUCAAAGGUUGAAUAAAAGAUAGCAACUGCAUGGAUAUUCUGAAUCCUGGUUAACUGCCGCAUUUGGAAAUCAGUUUGAUUAAUGGGUAAUGUGCAGGCGAUACUGAAGUCUAGAGAGGACUUCAUACAAACUACAACUUCUGCCAAUCUCCCAUCAAGAGUAUGUGAUAAGGAGCCAGCAGUGGUGUUGAAUGACUAUCCUCCCCCUACAAUUUGCGAGCCCCUGUUCAGGACAGGAGACUGGCUAAGACUCGUAUCAGAUGAGGGUUACUGGGUGAAGGUUUACUCUCUUCAGACUAAAGCGGAAAACUACAUCCCACGCUGCCAUGUAGCUAAGGUUUACCAUGGGUGGCUGUUUGAAGGUGUUGCAAGACAAAAAGCAGAGGAGCUGCUUCAGCUGCCUGGAAAUCGUGUUGGGUCUUUCAUGAUCAGAGAGAGCCGAAGAGGUGUGUAUAGCUUGUCUGUGCGCCACAGAUCUAUAAUGCAUUACCGGAUUCUCCGUCUGCCAAACAACUGGUACUUCAUCUCUCCACGUCUAACAUUCCAAUGCCUAGAGGACCUGGUCAACCACUAUUCUGACAUAGCAGAUGGUUUGUGUUGUAUUCUUACUGGCCCUUGCCUGGCAGCCCCUGAACCAGUACGCAUCUCUCAGUCUUCUAUAGUGAGAUCUCACAACGUUAACCAGACAGCAGUGCGCAGAAUGGAGCUUGACCAGCAGAACAUCACCGCCUCCUCUGCACAAUGGGAAUCUUACUUCAGUGCCGGAGUGCAAGACAGUGUAUCAUCCUAUCUCUCUCUGGCGGGAGUGCAAGAGAAAAAAAGGCAUAGUUGGAAGGGGAAGAAGUGGAAAUCCAUCAAUACAUUUCCAAGGAAACAAGAGUACAGUAUGGUUACAGAGGAAGAUGAUGAAGAGGAGGAAUACUAAAAUUGUUUUAACUUAAAACCUAUAAACCCAGAGGCACAGAUGAUAAGGAAUAAGUUUAUUUUCUAUUUUCAAAGUUUUAUCCUUAUUCUUGUGCACUAUCCUCUAAUGACUCUUACCAUAAGCAAAGCCUGGUGGA